AUGAAAUGUAUUCGUUUUGUGAUCCUGAUUGUACCGGCAAUUAUACCAGAGGCGGCAUCUGCGUGGCCGUCAGCAGACAUCUUUUCAAAAUUAAUUUCAGAUUUUCAGGACUUUCAUAACCAAAAUAGAAUAUGCCUGAUAAAUUCAGCACAAGCACAUGGAGAUGAGGACGCCAAGGCCCCUGACUACCGUUCCUGGAUAACGAGAACCGUCGCGCAACAAGCCAAGCGCUCAUACGUGUCUGUAGCAAAGGCUGGGUCUACGGAAGGCUUCAAACUCACCGUGCAUGCUAGAGACAAUGGCACGAGUCUGAGUAUCCAGAAGGUGUGCGCAGGACUUGUUGUGGCACAGCUGACUGACCACAAUGUUGCGGCUGAAUUUUCUAAGAUAUUUACUGAAAGUCUCGAGCAAGAUCAGUGGUUACUGAUGACUAAUCAAGAUAUGCAAGAACUAUUAACUUCCCUCUACCUUCCACUCAACAACAAGGUAACCCUGGCCAUGUUUUCUGAAGAUGCGUCAUCGGCAUCACUUUGGGAGAGUUACCAGAUCUUGCGAGGUGGAACACCAAAGCUGGUUCGAGUCGGUUCUUGGGUCUUAGGCCGGCAGGCCAUUUUCGAGGAUGGUUCGCGCUUGGAAACAAUUCUUGGGUCUAACGUCUUGCCGAAUAAGUUUUUAUCUGGCAGAAGUAUGCGUUUUGGUCAGAUUAUUGCGCCUGAGGGUGACGUCGCACAGAGACGUUGGGACUUGACGGGUCUCCAUCUCCGGUGCACUGUUCUGCCAGUAAGUCACACACUCAGCAGAUUUGAAAAUAUUGUACUUUGA